AGUAAAUUUUCAACCAAUGAAAUAAUUGCAUUUAUUUAGCGCGUUGCAGUAUAUUCAUGCUCCGCCAUAUGCUCCGACAAACAAUCGCAGAACGAACAAAAGAGAUCUAUUAGCAAAUCCAGUGAACGAAGACAAACAUGGUGAAGAGAUGCAGUUGGGGGACGUGCAACACCGACGACAGGUAUCCUGAGAGGCUGGAGGGGGGAGUUAAAUUCAUCCCUUUUCCCAAACCGGCAACAAAUCUUAAGAAAUGCAAGCGGUGGAUUAAACUUUGCGGCAGGCCUACCUACCAACUUAACGAGGAUCUUUUGAGAGAUCGAAAUAAAUCAAAGCACUUUUAUAUAUGCACAAAGCAUUUUGUUGAUGGAGGGCCAUCAGAAAAGUAACCUGACCCGAAGUCAGCUUUAGGACAUGAUCGAGUUACUAUGAGCAGACCAGCACCACAGAAACGACAAUCACCUGAUUGUUCAGACAACACACCAGAGCCAAAGAAGCUUUCAGUUCAAGGUUUACGAAAAUGGACAGACUGAACUUCAACAGACACGGGAGGAUUCGACAGUAGUGCCAACAGAUAACAGUGUUGUGUCAGAAGAUUGUCAACCUGGAAAAGAAUCAGUAGUUCAUUUUUUCAAUGCAAAAUAUGGUUUAAAGUGAUUGACAUACACAUCACUCAUUUUUUUUUUAAAGUGAAAGCAUGGUAUCAAUACAUGGAUAAAUUCGUUCAACAUUAAUUUCUUGUCUAGUAAAUGUAACAAAUUCACAAAAAGGUGCUCCAGUUAUCAAGAGCUGACCUUGAACUUGGAACCAAUGAGAAUGUGAUCUUUUUAAUACAUACUUUGAACCUGAAAUUUCUAGAAAAAAUGUUUGAUUUUCACAAGCUUCCAGCAAAGUAGAAUCUCUUAUUGAAUAGGGGCAUUUAAUUUCAAGAAUACCUGUCAAAGAUUUUUCACAGAUUUUGGCAUCUGGUGUUGCACCUAAAAAGGGGAAAAGGGGAUUUACAACUAAUCCAACAUCAUGUAUAUGGUUUCCAGAACUUUUUAUGUACAUUUGUUUUGCAGUUUUUUCAUUGGCCUGCCCAUAUGAAGUUGGUGCUGAUGUAAAAGACUUCUUGUCAAAAAUAUUUCUAACAAAUGUGUCAUUAAUUUCCUUUUUUCUAUUCAUGAUAGAACCAAAAUUAGAGGCGGUAAUUCGUCCCUUCCUUUCUGCAAACCAUCUUACACUGCUGCUCUGACCUUUGGUGCUUUGUUCAAUCUCUACACAAUUUUCAAAUGAUACAUUAAGGUCUUGCCAGUUGUGUUGUUUGUCACAAAGUCCAGUACUCUCAAGGUUAAGCAUCAUGUAUGGCUUUGGAAAAUUUGUCUGCCAACAAACAUCUGCUCCUUUGGGACGAGGUUGUUCAAUAGGUGUUAUCAAGGGAGCCUAUAUAUGUAAACACAUGAACCACUACAAAUAUUGUUCAAUAUUUUGUAAACUCAUUUCUUUUAUUGCAGAUAUAAACAGUCUUGAUGUAUUAGCUAUGGCUGCUGAGAAGAGGAAGUUGGAAGAAGUCAUAAUAUCUCUCCGAGAAGAAAACAACAAAUUAAAAUGUGAACAAAUGCAUUUACAAGGCAGUUUAAGCAAUAAGUCGAGUAUGAGAUAUGAUAACUUAAAAACAGAGGAAUUUAAGUAUUAUACAGGAUUUUCAUCAGCAACAUUUAAUGUUAUAUACCAGUUUUUAGUUCCCGUGGAUGAGCCAUUUGAGUACUCGAAAAAUGUCAGUAGUCUAAGAAUUCUUAGUAUGAAGGAUCAACUGUUAUUUGUUUUAAUCAAAUUACGACAAAAUUUUGACUUUAAACAAAUGUCUCGGCUGUUUGGAAUUUCACCUCAAGACUGCAGUGUUAUUUUUAGUAACUGGAUAAAUUUCAUGUUUUACCACUUUGGAUCAGUACCUAUUUGGCCAGACAGAAGUAUUAUUAUAGACAAAAUGCCACAAAAAUUUAAAGAAGAAUUUCCUACUACUCUUGUCAUCAUUGAUGGUGCUGAGGUGAAAAUUCAAAAGCCUAGUUCAUUAACAAAACAGAGUCAGUUUUACUCUGACUAUAAAUUCAGUACAAAUCUCAAGGGUUUAGUUGGAAUUGAUCCUAGAGGAUCUAUUAUAUUUGCCUCAAUGCUAUUUUCAGGCUCAAUUUCUGACAAUGACAUUACCCAUCAGAGUGGAUUUUUCAAGAUUUUGAAAGAAAUGAUUAAAGAAGGUAGAAUACAUGAAGGAGAUGGGGUAAUGGCUGAAAAAGGUUUUCGUAUAGAAAAUGACCUUGAAAAGAUAGGGCUUAAGUUAAAUAUGCCACCCUUUGCUCCUGCUUCAGGCCAGAUGAAAACAUCUGAAGUAAAAAUGACAGAAAAAGUUGCUAUUCAUAGGGUGCAUGUAGAAAGAGCUAUUGCUAGAGUAAAGAAAUUUAAAAUAAUGGACAACAGAAUCGACCUUAGUUUAUUUAGUGCGAUAAAUCAAAUCUGGUUUGUUUGUUGCUUUUUAACAAAUUUCAUGCCUUUCCUUAUCCAGGAUUGAAUAAUUUGUUGGUUUCCUUUAAUGAUAUGAUAAUGCUGAUCCAAGUGGCUGUUGUGAUUGACCAGCAUCAACCAUUUGGCUUGGUGCUGAUACAAUGUAUGAUAUUGGUGCAGAGACAUGAUUUUUCAAUAUGGCAAUGUGAGACUCUUCCAGGUUAAUUUUUCUACAAAUCAAUAUUUUUAUACCAAAUUGAAAUAUCAUGUGUAUAUACAUUUUUUAUGAAAUGUUUGUCUUGUUCAAUUAGUCAUUUACUAAAGACACAUAACAACACAACACCCCCACCCUGAACAUUAUAUUGUUCCUGUUAUUUUCAUAUGAAAAGUUCAGGAUUUAUUUUACGGGAGUAUUCAAUGGCUUUGGAAAUGAAGUUUGAAUUGAACACAUAAAAUAAA